AUGACUAAGGAUAAACUUCAAGAAGCAGAAGAUGAGAAAAAAUUUCAAACAUUUAAAAAUUUUAAAUUAAAGCGUAAAAUUGGUAAAGGACGCUUUAGUAGCGUUUAUCAAGCUAAAUGUACAAUCGAUAAUAGUAUUUAUGCCGUGAAGAAAGUCAUCAUUCCUGAUUAUACUGAUCCUGUUGUUUGCCAAAAGUACAUGCUAGAAGUUAAACUACUUAAGUCUUGCCAUCAUCAUAACAUUAUACGUUAUUUUGCUUCAUUUUUAAUCGAUGAUUGUGUCUUACUUAUUAUUUGUGAGCUUGCUGAUGCUGGCGAUUUAGAAUGCAUGAUUAAGGUAUUUCGUGAAAAGAAAAUUCGUAUACCAGAACGUACAACAUGGAAAUAUUUCUAUCCUGUUGCUAGUGCAGUUUGUUAUUUACAUGAUCGGCGUAUCAUGCAUCGCGAUAUUAAACCAUCUAAUAUCUAUGUCACUGGUAAAGGAGUUGUUAAAUUGGGAGAUUUUGGAUUGGGUCGUGCUUUGGGUUCUGGCACAGCAGCAGCAUCGUCAUGGGUUGGUACACCGUAUUAUAUGUCACCAGAGCGUGUAGCACAACGUGAUUAUGAUUUUAAAUCAGAUAUUUGGUCAUUGGGUUGCCUAUUAUAUGAAUUAGCAGCAUUACGUUCGCCAUUUUUUGGUGUCAAAUUAACAUUGGUACAAUUAUGUGAAAAAAUCGAAAAUGGCGACUAUCGACCAUUAGAGCCACAGUUGUAUUCACUUAAUUUGCGUCAAUUAGUUGAUAAAGCUAUUAUGAUCAAGCCCGACGAUAGACCUACUGCAAGCCAAGUGCUAUGUGAAGCAAGCAAUAUGUAUCGUGAAUCCAACAGUACAACAAUAUAA